UACGAGGAAGGGACAAAACCGUCAAAAAGAGAAUAACUCCCGCACUGUCGAAUGUCGAAACCGUUGGGAGGGAAAACGGAAACUGUUGUCGCUUCUCCAAAAACAGCCCAACUCUCGAAUCAGCAUCAUCCUCCUACAGUCGUACUGAGAAUUGAGAACACACAAAGAGGGAGACACAAACACAAACACAUACACAAAAGGGUUUCAAAGAGUGAGUUUUUUUUUUGUCGACUAUGAUCCAAUGGACGAAGCAGCUGAAUGCUGCAUUUGGGGCCUCGUUUCUUUGGCUGAUUUGCAUGAUUUACUUCACCCAGGGUUUUAGGUCUUUUGUAUGGACAUCGAUUUCCUACCAGCUUAAAGAUAAUCUUAAGUUGUCACCCUCAGCUUCCCAAUUUGUGUUUUCAGUAGCAUUUUUCCCAUGGAGCAUUAAACCAUUAUACGGAAUACUUUCUGAUUGUAUUCCAAUUAAAGGAAGAAAACGGAUUCCCUACUUAGUGAUUGCAACUGUGCUCUCCCUAGUGCCAUGGUUUAUUUUAGGCUUAUCUUCAACUUUGAGGGAUUCAACAUGGCACCUCAUGGUAUUGUUGACUGCACAAAACUUGGGCUCAGCAAUGGCAGAUGUUGUUGUUGAUGCAAUGAUAGCUGAGGCAGUAAGAUAUGAACGGGCAUCAUUUGCAGGAGAUCUCCAGUCAAUAUCUUGGUCUUCUAUGGCUUUGGGAGGAAUAUGUGGGAGUUUGUUAGGGGGAUACGCAUUAUCCAUUUUACGGAUAGAUACUAUUUUUCUUCUGUUUUGUGUACUACCAUGCAUACAGUUAUUAUCAUGCUGUUUUGUGGAGGAGAACUCUGAAAAUAGCAAAGCUGAACCAGAGAAUUCAAUUGUAAGGGAUUCACAUAUGAAUGGUAGUACCCUAGAUGAAGAUAGUCCUUUAACCAAAAAGUCCCACAGCAGCACAAGAAGAAGAAAGAAGGGCAAAAAAAAUGCAAAAGGUAGAGCAGUAAAUAGCAGCAAAUCAAAGAUUUAUAAGAAAGGAGACUCCCUGGCAUUAAAGUGGUUCCAUUCUUUGAAAGAAGCAAUUUAUGAUUUAUGCCGUGCAUUUAGACAGCCAAUGAUUUGGAGACCUAUGUCUUGGUUUUUCCUUGCCCACGUUACGAUUCCGAAUCUUUCAACCGUCAUCUUCUACUACGAAACCGAGGUUUUAAAGCUAGAAGCAUCUUUCCUUGGGACUUCACGGGUUGUUGGUUGGUUGGGACUUAUGCUGGGCACCUUCAUUUAUAAUCGUCACCUAAAGUAUAUGACCCUACGAAAAAUCCUCAUGUGUGCCCAUAUUGGUUUGGCCUUCUUGAAUCUUCUGCAGAUUGCUGUAGUGUCAAGGAAAAAUAUUGCCUUUGGCAUCUCAGACAAGAUUAUGGUCCUUUUUGGCUCGGCUCUUGCUGAUGGAAUCAAUCAAUUCAAGUUUAUGCCUUUCCUGAUCUUAUCUGGACAACUUUGUCCUCCAGGAAUUGAAGGGACUUUAUUUGCACUUUUCAUGUCAAUCAACAACUUGGGAUCCACAGUGGGGUCUUUUGUGGGUGCUGGCUUGGCUUCUAUAUUGAACAUUGAUUCAGGAUCAUUUGACAAUCUUCUCUUGGGCAUCAUUGUUCAUGCCUUGUGCAAUUUCAUCCCAAUUGCUUUUCUGUUUCUGAUACCAAAGGAAGCUACAGGUUCAUCAACAUAGAUUAUGACUACUACACAGGGAUUGGCUUUGCUUCAUUAGGUUCUUCUAGGCCUACCAUAGUUGUAAUUUUACACUUGUAGACGGGAAUAUUUUGGAGCAAAUGAGGAACAUAUUAAUCUGAUUUAUACGAACUCGGAUCAUAGUAAUUGUAUAUACUAUUGUACUGACAAUUUUGGUCAGCAAGUCUAUUUUCUUGCAUGAAAAAUUUGACAGGUGGUUGACACACAUCUUCGUUAA